CAAACAUUAAGGUAAAGAAACGCUUAUCUCUGUGGCUCAACAUAGACUGAAGGCAUCCUUACUGCACGCGCCCAGGUUUACUCAAGCGAAAGCAAUUACUUUACGGCACGCGCCAACCAGCUGGGCCGUUGCAGAUGGGCGCGAGGAGCUGCUCUGUAUAACCACAGGCCUACCGGUAUAUUGUGUAUUUUGUCAUAACCUAGUUUUAAAGGUGGUUUUAAAACUGUAACGCCUAACGUGGUAAAUGGAGAUUUGAAGGAAAAAGUAAGAUUAUUAUUAUUAUUAUUAUUAUUAUUAUUAGGGUUUAUUAUUGAUAGCCUACAAAUCAGAAAAUUCGAACUCAAACUCAAAUUUUCUAGAGGUCAUUCUCGAGACUUGCCUUCUCAUAAAGAUGCUUCUGGGCCACCGAUGAAAGUGUUAAAUGAAAUAUGCAGGCAUGGCCUGCUACUGUAUGUCGUUUUAAGGCUCAAAUGUAGGAGAACACACGUAAAUUGUUCAAUAAUAGCAUUGAAUUUGGUACUUCUCUGGAGUGUACUGUUAUAAGGUGAACUGGGGCUAUUUACCGUUGCAAACAGGCAGUGGGUUAGGUUAGGUUAUAAGCAGCAUGAACUUGAGCAGAAAAUUUGAAUGUUCCCGCGCAGCAGCAGCUGUGACCAUACAAUAGAUGGGGCCCACGCAUUGCAUAAUUGAGUCCAAUUUGAAUAACUGUCGCACGUCUGACGCGUGCAAGAAAUAUCCCAGCUUUCCCAGGCUUUGGAGGAAAACCGUUGGCAGCCCCUUUCCAGUUCAAUAGGGAUUUGGCUUCUCAUUGCUUGAAGUUGUGGGAACGUCUUUAACGAACCUUGGGAAAAUACCCCAGAUCCCCUACACAUGAUUAAAUCCUGUGUUAGACCCUUCAUUAUAGAGCUGCUAGGCUGCAGCUGCACCAAAUAAGUGUUUGAUAAAUGAGGUCCAGACAUAAAGCGCAAACUGGUAAAUAAAUAAAUAAACAAACAGGCCUAAUUGAUAUAUAAACAUCAUUUCAAAAAAGACAGUACAGUCUAGCCGAUAAAUAAUCAGCACCCCAUUUUACACAAAACAGGCUAUGGAAAUGUCUAAUUUUGUGUAGGCAAUAUGUGCCAUUAUAUUUUUUAAACGUAUUUUUAAAAACAAACUGUGGGUCCAUCGUUUUCCUAAACGAAAAAUCACUAUGAUAAUUCAAUUUAAUUUACUAUAUUGACAAUACACUCAGUUGUCCAGCCUGGGUAUACAUAGUAAGAACAAAUACAUAUAUUCAACCAAAUAGGAUGCCUAAUAUUAUGAUAUUGUUCAAAUACCUUAGGCCUUGUCAUUUAGGCCUGUAUGGGUUUUUUUAUCUGCAAGUAGGCCUAACAUUCCUGCAAUGGAGGAUAUGUAUGCAAGAAUAUCAUUGAUGUAGUGUCCCCCGUCAGUCGUGUUAGGGAGUUAUUAUUGUCAAUUUCCUUUAGGGAAGACCGCUCGUGGGAAUUUCCCCUCUCCUCCCCUAAAUCGGCGCGUGUCCAUGACAGUUGGACCAGUGCAACAGAUGGUCCAGAGAGGCACGCGCCAAGCACGAGACUCGCCCAUAACCCCCACCCCCCCACCCCCUCCGCAGCAAACCCACCCACAUCAGGCAGAAGCCGCUUGAGCGGAAAAACCAAUCAACCUAAUCUGACAGUGAAGAGGCGGAAAGUGCGGAACCUGGUGUGAGGCCGCAAGUUCUCUUAUUGUGAUGUUAGCUCCCAAAGUAUCGCGUGAACAUAUAAGACAACGUCAAAUAUAGGAAUAUACGUUAACCUAUAAACAAGACUGAACAAGAGUAAGCUAUAUUGGCUUGAAUUUAAAUAAACCUCCUAUUUUCACAGUGUGUAAAUAAGCCUUCAAAGCAGUGAAAUUGGUCCAUUGUUUUAAUAAAAGGUACGGUACUUUUUUUAUUUUUAUUAGUAGUAGAUUACUUAUUCGGAUAUGUUAAAUGUCCAAACGUGUGUGCUAUAGCUACAGUGAUUUAGAGAAGCCAAUACAACAUAAUGACUUGACACCUGAACACCUCCGCAGGUGGAACUAUACCUAGGUAAAUAUGAAGCUUUCCUGCCACCGUUUGGUGGUUAAAAGUAUUACAGUUAAUCACAACGUCACGUUCAUGGAAAUAUGGGUAUCUGCUAUAUCCAUCAAGCCUUCUUAUAAACCUCUGUCAUUCAAGACAAGGUCAAACCAAACUAAGAUCGUAAUUUGUGUGGGGUUAAUUUUAACAGCAUGCAUUUCUGUACUGCAAGUGAAAGUUAAAGCUGCGCAGAGAAACUUUUAACUGAGUAGACUUGUAGGCUUCAGUUGAUUUGUUUGACUGGGUGAUGUGUAGAGGUUUGGACUUUUUCCUCCUAUACACACAUCCAGUGGUGGUAGGCAUACUCAGAUCCCACAGUGCACGUUUACUCUGUUACAAGUAAAGUCCUGCAUUCAAAGUUUUACUCGGGCAAAAGUACCCACUUGUUAUAGCCUACUAUAUAUUACAUUAUUUGAUAAUUGUUACGGAUACAUUAACGUUUAAGCAAGUCGAGGUGGAGCUAUUUUUAACUAGGUGGCUACUUUAUAAACUGUUAGGCACUUUAGCCAAUAACAAAUCAUCAUAUUUUAGAGGCUGAUAAUAUGUUUUGUACAUAAAAUCUUAAUAUGCAAAGUAACUACUAACGUCAGAGUAGAGUUUAAAGUUGCAUAAAAUGGGGAGACUCAAGUAAAUGUACGUGUUUGUACCUCAGAAUUAUACUUAAUUACAGUACUUGAGUAAAUGUAAUUCCACCACUGCACACAUCACAACAAAACAAUGCAAUUAAAAUAUUUUUUAUUAUCACCCAUUCAUCUCCCAAAAGUAAUUUGUUCAAUUCUUGGCAGGAUUUAUAGGCUAUGCAUCAGUUAUGCUGCUCUGGUACACGCAUGCAUACAUAAAGAUUAGAGGUUCUUUGUGACCACAGCCAUAUUUAAUUUAGCAAAACAACAAACACUAAACUUCUACUAUUAGUUAAGGAUGAACGUAUUCUAUUGUGACUCAGUAGCUAUAAAUAAAGAAAACAAUAUCGGUUUUAGCUGCAAAAGCAGAAAAUGCUGAGGCAUGAUCAUUUAUAACGGACUAUCAUAAUGACAGUAAAAUGAAGCGGUUAAUUGCGUUGAUCAAAACAGUUACACCCGCCAGCUAUAGCAAGAUUCUGAACUUGUAGAAUUCUUCAAUAAACAGUGGAAAAACUUCAGAAGCUCAGUUUUCCAAAAGGCCACCAGAUGGACCUCUACAGGGUGCAAACUGUGGGUGUCCAGUCUGCAGAUUUCCCUGCUGUAGAAAAUGAAUGCCGGUGAGGCUGCAUGCAAACAAGACUGGGCGUGGUUUCAAAAAGUCCAUUGCUGAAUUAGUAUGUAGCCUUUGGCCUGUACCUACUUGACUGACACCCACCACCACAGUUGAAUAGCCUAACUUUCUGGCUAUAAUCAGAGGUUUAAGCAGCCUGUUCAUAGUACUGCCCGGUACUGCCCCUUUAACUUCUGAGCCGAUUUUCCAGAAAGCAACAACCUGUAACAGGCUCAGCGAUCCUCCCCCCCUGAUGGAUUAUUUAACAGGCGCUGAGUCCCAUGUCGCCAUCUGCUAUAGGAAGAAAAACACUGCGAAAUAUUCUCUGAGGUACAUGUUAGACGUUAGCAAACAGGGUAAACAAAUACAUUAAACAAAAAUAGCUUACUGGAACACAAAAACCAAACGUGUGCAACAGGUGUUCAGCAUCCUGCGGGCGUCAGAGAGAAAAGAAGCGGACAACAAAACAUAAAAAGCUGGUUAGUUUGUCACUCAGAUAAAGAAUAAUGGACUGAGUUUAUUUCAACAUGUAAAAUGUAUCACAUAUUAAAAUGUGUGUGAACGGAAACGGAUCUUGCUUUUGACCAUUUGGCUCUGGGAAGAUGCGGGGCGAUAACUGAGCCUUCCCACAAAAUUAACCGGGUGACUGAGAUGAUCAGAAGCUUCGCAAAAAUGAUGCUGACCCCAUCCGCACGGUGAACUUGAUCGGGCGCAACGCAGGCAACCAAAGGACGGAGUCGGCCAAUCUGCAGCAGUCAUGGUGAUGGAGGAAGACAGGACGCUGUUCGCCGCAAGGCAAGGGGACGUGCAGACUCUGAAAGUGCAAUUAGCGGCAAAAGCGCUCACCAGCGACGUCAAGGAUGUGUUGGGGGCUUCACCGGUCCACCACGCAGCCCGGGCCGGGAAACUAACCUGCCUACGUUUCCUCGUGGAGGAGGCAGGACUGCCGGGCAACUCCCUGGCGAACAACGGGGCAAGCCCGGCGCAUGACGCAGCAGCCACCGGCAACCUGACGUGCUUACAGUGGCUGCUGACCCAGGGUGGAUGUCGGCCAGAGCACAGGGACAGUUCUGGUGCCACCGUUCUCCACCUUGCAUCCCGCUUCAGUCACCAUGAGAUCACCGAGUGGUUGCUGAAGAGUGGCGAGGUGGACCCCGGGGCCUCCACCGAUACAGGCGCCCUACCUGUUCACUAUGCUGCUGCCAAGGGAGACCUGCCCUCUCUCCGACUGUUACUGGGGCACAGCCCAAACGUUGUCAACUCCCAAACUAAGAAUGGUGCCACGCCCCUCUACCUAGCCUGCCAGGAGGGACAUCUGGAGGUCGUCCAAUACCUGGUCAAGGAUUGUGGGGCGGAUCCGAGCAUCAGAGCCAAUGACGGGAUGACAUCUCUGCAUGCUGCUGCCCAGAUGGGCCACAACACUGUCAUCGUCUGGCUGAUGAGUUUCGCCGAGAUCAGCCUGACAGAUAGGGAUGGUGACGGGGCCACGGCCAUGCACUUUGCAGCCAGUCGCGGCCACGCAAAGGUGCUUAGCUGGCUGCUGCUGCACGGCGGCGAGAUUGUCACUGACAACUGGGGAGGGACCCCGCUUCACGACGCUGCAGAGAACGGUGAACUGGAGUGCUGUCAGAUCCUCGUGGUCAAUGGGGUGGACCUGGGCAUCAGGGACCAGGACGGCUUCACAGCAGCAGAUCUGGCCGAAUACAACGGCCACUCCCAGUGUGCCAAGUAUCUGCGCACUGUGGAGAACAUGAGUGUGGAGCACCGUGUUUUGUCUCGAGACCCCUCAAUGGACCUCGAGUACAAGCAGCCGGACUCGGGCCUCUCGUCCCCAAACACCACCAUGCCCCCCACCAUGCCCUCUGCCAGCCAGGCAGCACAGUUUGACAUCGGUUCACCAUCCAGCUCCCUGUCCAACUACGACUCAGCCAACUCCAGCCAGUCCAGCACUGGGGAGAAAAGGAGCAGCUUAACAACAUCACGAGGCCCGCCCACUCAGCUGAAUGCAGUGGCACACACAGGUGCAUCAGAGUCAGCCAUUUCAGACAUGCAGGCGUAUAUGGACAUGCUAAACCCAGACAUUGGCUCUGACAUGCCCAAGAAGAAUGAGAUACCUGCUGAUGUCUCCUCCAAACCCCCGCCACCACCAACCUAUCCACCCCCACCCCCACAAUCUCCCCCAGUGCCCCCUCCACCCCCGAGCUAUCCAGCACCACAGCCCCCUCAGGAGCCGUCGUCAGCUGAGUUCUUGAAGGUGAAAAGCAACUUACGGCACGUGGAGAGCAACACCGGCAAAAUGGAGCAGUUGACUCCUGGAGAAAGCCACGACAAACUGCGGCGCGUGGAUUCAAACAGGAAGUCAAGGAGCUUCAGCAAGCAGCCCAGCACUGGGGACUACUACAAGACCUUGGGCAGCGACACAGCCGAGCCCCAAGGGAGCAAAGUCAUGGCGCCCAACGAGGAGGGUUCCGUGUUAUUGGAGGAGCCUACCGACAACCCUGCCCACAGCUCUGAGAAUGGCACCAUAGAGGAAUCGGGCGCCCCACCUCCGCCCCCUCUUCCCCCAAGCAACCCGACGCCAACACCCCCUCCACCUCCUCCAUUGCCCCCAGAGACGCCAACCACCCACAAUUACUCUGCGAGCAGCACCUUUACCAACCAGCGACGCCCAUCUUCCUCAUCAGGAAGCGGGGAUAUGUCUGCCUCUCAGGCAGAGGGAGGGGCACCAAGACAAAUGAAGAGCACAAAAUCUUUCAACAUGAUGUCCCCCACUGGCGACAACUCGGAGCUGCUGGCAGAGAUCAAAGCAGGGAAGAGCCUCAAGCCCACACCUCACAGUAAAGGCUACACCACUGUCUUUUCCAACAGCGGACCCACAGGCAACAAUGAAAACACUGCAUCUCCACCAGAGACCCGUACAUCUAGCCCACCAGCCAAGCCAUCAUCCCCUCCACCAUCCAAUACGUCUGUCACCUCACCACCCACCACCCCUAGUCCCAGCCCCAGUCCAACUGGCUCUGGAUCUGCCAGGACCAUGUCAACCUCUGCAAGCUACGAGCAACUGUCCUCCAACUCUGUGAUCAAUGGGAACAGUGGUGGCAGCAUGGCAGGAGCAGAGUCGGGGCGGAAAAUGAGCCUUGCGGAUGUGGAGGCGUUAGUUCCCACUCAUGAUGAACAGGGAAAAGCGAUCCCUGAAUGGAAGAGGCAGGUGAUGGUGCGAAAGCUUCAGGUCAAGAUGCAAGAGGAAGAGGAGCACAAGCGCAAGGCUGAGGAGGAGGCUGCACGCCUGGCAUCAAUGCCAGCCUGGAGGAGAGACAUGAUGAAGAAGAAAAUGGACGAAGAGAGGGAACAAAAAAGAAAAGUGGAGCAGCAGGCCAAACAGGCCAAGGAGAUGGAGGAGAAGACGGAGCUGGAGCGACUACGGACCCUGGGCUACGACGAGACCAAGCUGGCCCCCUGGCAGCGGCAGAUCAUUCUGAAGAAAGGGGAUAUAGCCAAACCGUGAACUGGACCCUCUCCCCCUCCUCUGCUCUGCAGCACUACCCACCCUCACACACCCACCCCAAGGCCUUCACUGAACACCUCCCCCUCCCUGAUCCUCCACCCUGCACUGAACACUGGACAGUGGGGAAGAGCUUGU